AUGCCCACUGGAUUGGAUAAGAUUAUUCUGAUACUGACAAUAGCAGGAUUCAUAAUUGGACUGUCGGGGAAUGUGUUCAUUGGAUUGGUCAACUGCUCUGAAUGGGUCAAGAACCGAAAAGUCUCCUUAGCUGACUUCAUUAUCACCUGCUUGGCAAUCUCCAGAAUCAGUAAUCUGUUGGUGUCAAUGUCUUCUUCAUGGAUUCUGGAACUAUCUCCACAUCUAUCUACCAUUUAUGAAGUAGCAAAAUCUACUUUUAUGCUUUGGAGAAUAACUAAUCACUUGACCACUUGGCUUGCCACCUGCCUAAGCAUUUUUUACUUCCUUAAGAUAGCCCAUUUUUCUCACUCCGUUUUCCUCUGGCUGAAGUGGAGAAUGAACCGAGUGGUGCUUGCACUUCUUGUAUUUUCUUCCUUCUCACUGAUUUUUGAUUUUCUGUUGCUGAAACCAUUUACUAAUCGCUCAUUGAAUACCUAUAAGACAGAUGAAAGUAAUCUGACUUUACAUAAAAUUUCCUAUAUUAAGAACCUGACUCUUCUCAGCUUGAACUAUUUUGUCCCCCUUGCUCUGUCCCUGACCUCAUUGCUCCUUUUAUUUCUGUCCUUGAUGAGACACACGAGAAAUUUGCAGCUCAACUCUGUGGGUGCCGGAGACCCCACCACAGAGGCCCAUAGGAGGGCAAUGAAAAUGGUGAUGUCUUUCCUCUUCCUCUUCAUCAUUCAUUUUCUUUGCACAGAAGUGGCAAUGUGGGUAUGUUUUAUAUUUUCGAACAAUGAGUACAUAAAGUUUGUUAUGCUAACAUUUUAUCUCUUUCCCUCGGGCCACUCAUUUAUUCUGAUUGUGGGGAAUAAGAGGCUGCGACAAACAGCCUUGAGGAUACUGUGGCAUCUUAAGAGCCACCUGCAAAGAUAA